AUGUGUUUCGGCAGCAGGGAGGAUGUUGAGGCCAAGAGAUCUAGAGAUAUAGACGCUCUUAUCCACAGAGAUGAGAAGGUUAUGCAGCGACAAGUCAAGUUGUUAUUAUUGGGUGCUGGAGAGUCUGGAAAAUCAACAAUUUUAAAGCAAAUGAGAAUUAUUUACACCAAAGAUGGUUUCUCAAAAAACGAAAAAGAAGAAUGGCGCAUUAUCAUCUUUCACAACAUUUUAGAUGGAUUGAGAAUGACGGUAGAGGCGAUGACUGAUUUUAACAUUCCUUUCGAAUACGAAAAUACAACUCAAUUCCUUCCCAUCAUCACAGAAGAAAAGGACCUGCGACCCUACGAGCCAAUUCCUCUCGAAUACCUCAAGGCAUUUAAGGAUAUGUGGGCGGAUCCAGGAGUUCAGAAGACGGUCAAUAGAGGAAACGAGUUUGCUCUACAUGAUAACUUGGGCUAUUUCUACGAGGAUCUAGACCGUCUCUUUAGCAAGGAGUUUGUCCCAACUGAUCAAGAUGUUCUUCGUGCGAGAUUAAGAACCACCGGUAUUACCGAAACACACUUCGAUCUCGGCUCAUUGCAAUACAGAAUGUUUGAUGUUGGAGGACAAAGAUCGGAGCGAAAGAAAUGGAUACAUUGCUUCGAGAACGUCAACGCAUUGCUCUUCCUAGUUGCUAUUAGUGGUUAUGAUCAGUGUCUAGCUGAAGACAAGGAUGGAAAUCAAAUGCAAGAAGCUUUAAUGCUCUGGGAGUCAAUUGCUAAUUCUCAUUGGUUCAAACACUCGGCAUUAAUCCUCUUUUUGAACAAGAUCGACUUGUUCAAAGCAAAGCUUGAUCACAGCCCAAUCACUAAGUUUGGUUUCUCUGAUUUCCAAGGAGAUACGACAAGCUGGCAACAGACCUCGAAAUAUUUCAUGGACAAGUUCGUUGCCUUGAACCGAAGCCCUGGACGUGAAGUUUAUGGCCAUUUUACAAACGCUACCGACACCGAUCUCCUCAAGGUCACGAUGGCAUCUGUACAGGACAUGAUCAUACAGAGAAACCUUCAGAAGCUGAUCCUUUGA